AUGGAUGUCAAGAACGCCAAUUUAAAUAGUGAUCUCAUUGAGGAAGUUUAUAUGCAACCUCCUCUUGGUUCUUCUGUUUUAUCCAUCAAAGUUUGCAAACUUUGUCAUGCUUUGUAUGAGCGUGGUAUUAUUCUUCUUCUUCUCUAUAUGGAUGAUAUUAUUAUCACUGGAGAUGACACAUUGGGUUUGCUUAGCUACUUCCUCAGCUUGGAAAUUUCUCACAAUCCUUCUAGUUACUUUCUCACCCAGGCCAAGUAUAUCUUUGAUCUCUUGACUCAUCUAGUUGGCAGUCUUGUCUAUCUCACGGUUACUUGUCCAGACAUUGCCUAUGCUAUUCACAUUGCCAGUCAGCUCAUGGUUGUUCCUCGCUCUUCGCACUAUGGUGCUCUAAUUCGUAUUUUGAGCUAUCUAAAAGGCACUAUGUUUCAUGGUGAUUCUCUCAUUGCAUGGUAUAGAAAGAAGCAAACUCUUGUUGCUCGUUUUAGUAAGUAUCGUGCUCUUGCGGAUACUACUCAAGAGCUUGUGUGA